UCACAUAUAGUUUCUCCUAUCAUCGCUAUAUUCUUUUGCUCUUAUCUUAUCUACCCUUUAUUUUUUUCUUCAACAUGUUCAACAAAUUUCCCAUACAAGGCCUCUUAUUCUUUAUGGUUUUCUCAUGUCUUCUUCUUGUAUCUUCGUCUCUCCAAACAACAAGAAAAGUUUUGUCAAAGGAUGAAAAUUUCUCAAUUCAAACUACAGUAGUUAAGGAAAAUGUUAUUGAUGAUGGAGAAGAAUCCAUGGUAAUGGAAAGGAUGAAUUUGGAAAUAGAAGAUUAUCCAGGAACAGGAGCAAACAACAAUCAUGACCCUAAGCCACCAGGAAGAGUUUGAGUGAUGCAUAAAUUUAUUAAUUAAGACUUAUUAGAAAAAUAUUCCAUACAUGUCAUGUGGGACAUACAUAUAAAUUAUUGGUGUGAUAAUAUGUUUUCAUCCACAAUUUUUAAUGGAUGGCAUUUGUUUGUUUGUCUGUAAAUUGUAGCAAAUUAUUAUUUGUAGUAAAAGGUUUUAUCUAUUUAUAUGUUGA